AAGAGUCGCACCAGCAACUAAUUGUUUGUUGUUUCCAUCAUAUCAAAUUGUUUUCUUUUAAUAUUCGUUUAAUUUUACCCUCGACAUUUUAUAUAUGUUUCAAUUUAUUACAACAUGUUACCGAGAAUAGUGUUGCUAUUUCAAGUUGUAAACAUUUUUUAUGUUCAACAAGCGUACGGAGAAUGCCAUAUGCCAAUGAUAUUACGAGGUACAUGGUUCUCAUGGGAACUGGGCAAUCCAACACAGACAGUCAUUGACGACAUAUCAAUGUCGCAUCGCGGUGAAUGUGUUACAUUUUUAAAAGAUGGUGCCGACUAUACCUUUGUUUUUAAAUCAAAAGUUGAAAAUUGCUAUCAUUGUGUUAAGACGUAUCCACGAACAUUGAACGUAUUUGAAAAAAUCGAGAGUCCAUGUGUUGGACUGGAAAGCGGCGAGGAACCAACGGUUGAACGUGUAUGCCACGGCAUUAACAAUGAUCAACAAUUAAUUACGCUGUUCAAUGAAAAUUACAUUCCAAUCAAUUGUCGUUCGUCGCUCGAAGGUGUCUGGCAAUUUACAUAUCAGAAUCGUUUCCGUUUUACGGGUGAAUGUGACCAUCCCGAUGCACAAAUUCGAUCAUGUCAAACGGCCGGUACACAAUUUUUGAUAACAAAUCAAAAAUUCAAUAUCACAUACAAACAAUGCCAGGGAAUGACAGGUACAUUCAAUGGUGUCGUCGAAUACAGUUGUUUGGGUGAUUGGUUUAUUGGUAAAAAUCAUUACUUUGCUGUGGCAAACACAAAAGAAAGUCGAAAAGAUGAAAAAUAUCGUUGCUUCUUGAAGAAUCGUGAUGAUGAUCUUUACAUUGGUGUUUCAAUUACGGCUGAGUGUAACACACUGAAAACGGUUGAGAAGAGCCCGGAAAGAAUGCGAGUCACGCCAGUGAAAGCGGAAGUCGUUGAGCCCGGCUGUCGGUUGCCACAAAAUUUUAGCGGCGAUUGGGUUAAUACGGCCAAUAUUGAUGCUGAUGUUUUCAUUAAUGAAACUCACAUGAUUGAAACUUACUAUCCAGACAAAGCACGUUAUCGACGCACCAUUUAUGUUUGCAAAGAACAAAGAGAUACGCGCAUCAUGAUGGCACGGCUUACGGUUGAUGGAUGCCAAAAGGAUUAUGUAUGCUACGAUUUCGUACCGAGACAUCACAAUAUCAUUCGAUUCCGACGUGGUUUGGCUGUGAUUAAAGAUGAUUUCAGUACCGUUUGCUCGUGGGUACAGUUUCCAAAUCGAGAAGAAUGGAAAUAUGAUCUACUUUUGGCAAAAAAUCCAGUUCCUGUAAGGUGCCCUGUGGCCGGAAAAUUUAACUUUACACAAAGAGGCGAACAUCCAUUCAAAACACGUAUUCUAGGUGGUGUGACUAUUAGUCCUCGGCCAGACAUUCGUUGCAAACAAAAUAUAUCCGAUUUUUCCGUGUGUGGCACUGAUCAAAAAGAGGUCAUGAUUGAUGAAAACUACUGCUUGUCCGUGGAUCACUUGGGUCGACCAGUUGAUAUCUACCACGAUCCCGAUUAUAUUUUGCGAUGCAUUGGAUUUUUCAAAGAGAAUUUGAAAUCCUACUUAAUCACCUACGAUGAUUUGGAUCCACUUUCGAAAUAUCGAUGCUGGGUGUAUCAAAGAGCUGAUUUGAAUCGAGUGCUUAUAUCACAAGCCGUUGGUGCCUUUUGCCAUAUCAAACAAGAUGUAACAUCAUGGAAUUAUACUGAAGGAGCUGUCGUUGCCCUUGAUAUGACUGAAUAUGAAAGAGAGCGUGAUCAAUGUCCGAUGUAUUUCGAUGAUGGCUCAUAUCCUUGGUCAAAUAACGAGAAUUUCAUCAAAGUAUUCAAUUGGGAUUUUGUUCGUAGUUCCUCAACGAUUCUGUUACCGCUCACAUUGACGAUGGCAAUGUCCUUACCAGUUUUAGUUGUUCUACUAAGAAAUGUGUUGCCUUAAAUCACACCAAACAAAAUUUAGAGAUUGCUAAAUUUGAAAAAUUCAUAUUCGUCGUUCGUUAGUGGUAAAAAUUCAAAAAUUGAAAAAAUAUCGAUUUCCGUCCAUUUAAAACCAUCAAACUUACAGUAUCGCGUCGAAUAUUGUAAUGCCAUCGACUUACAUUUUACAUUAGACAUAAGAUAAGUUUUAAAUCGACAAAAUGCAAAAGUACUCCAGUUUUUUUUAAUCUGUUCACCUAAUCGUUGAACGACAUAUAGAUUGAAUCCGUCCAGUGUUCAAUGAAUGAAUCUCGUAUAUUCGUAUCCACCUCUUUUGAGGUGAAUGGUUUGAGAUAAGAUGAAUAUAGUUUUUUUUUAUACAAAUUUUGAGCAAAUAUGUAAAAGUCCAUUCCAUAAGUGUCUUAUUGAUGUUUAAAUUGUAAUUAUCAAGUAACGACAAAUAAAGAUCAAGAGUGAAAAUAAA